AUGUCUGAUCGAAUCAUCCCCAACGGCUCCUCAGACAGCCAUCCCAUCUCCGGCCUCGACGACUUCCAGACUCACCUCCAGCACCUCCAAGAUGAUCCCUCUCAGCCCUUCAACCUCAAGCUCCUCGACGACAUCGAGCUCCAGCUAACAGAAUCAAACAUCCCUCCCCUCCUCCCAACCGUCCUCCCCCCUCUCACCCAGAUCCUCAAAACCACCUCCCAAGAUCCCUCCCCCUUGCUCUCCCUCACAAUCAAGCUCCUCUCCCCCCUGACAUUCACCCGCACCCUCACCAUCGCCGACCCGCCCUCCCUUCUCGCGGCCCUCUCCUCCCCUCUCCCAGGCGCCAACCUCCUCGCCCUCGCCAUCAUCCACAAGGCCGCCAAGACGCCCACCGAGGUCGCCCUCCUCAGCACCCUCCCGGACGUCGUCGACGCCCUCGUCACCCGCUGGCUCGACAGCCCAGACGUCGGCGUCGGCGAGCGCGCGGCCAAAGUCCUCGGCGACCUCCUGGAGACGGACUGCGAAAUCAUCCGCGAACCACCACCACCACCACCACCCCCGGCAGCAGGCAACCCUAACGGGAGCACUCAUGGCUUCCAAGUCUUUCCCCCCGCCACUGCCGCAGCCAACAGACGGCGCAUGCUGCCCGGCCACGGACGCCUCUGGCGCUUGAUCCUCCUCGAGCGGCCCAUGCUCCAACGCAUCACCACCCUAUGCUCCCCUGAGACGACGACGACAACAACAACAACAACAAGUAGUCCACCUACCAGGCCAAGACACCAAACGUCGCUCUCGCAAGGCCGCCUCCUCCGCCUCCUCACGCGCCUCGCAACGCUCAACAUCCGCGCCAUAAGCCAGACCUCCUUCCCAGAGCUAUUCCCCCUGUCCGACGCCGCCGCGCAAGCCCUAGGCCGAGGACUCCUGCAGUGGGCUGCGCUGAGCAUGGUGUCCAGGACGGAGGACGUCCUCAUGCACUUGAACUUGAUUGACUUUUUCGAGACGUUUGUGAGCGUGAUGCGCGUGGCUGGGCUGGAUGCCGAGGAGAAGAGCAUCGUGAGGACGUUGGUCAGGGUCGCGGCUGCGGAGGACGGGCAGUUGCGGGAUGCGUUGAGGGGCCUGCCGAAUAGGACUGUAGAGGAGGAGGCCGAGCCUCUGCGAGCGUAUAUCAGCGAUAUCCUGGGUGGAAAUUGA